AACUCGUUUACACAAGGGUUAGAGGUUGGCAUAAGCAGCAUUGCUGCCAAUUUUUAAUCACGUUUAUACUAUGUGAUGAACGAACGUUGGGACUAUACUUAUCAGUCCUGGGUUAAAUAUUUAUGUAAUUUCCAACUUUUUAAUGUGAAAGGUAACAAGGAAUACAAAUUCCAUUGACAACACCGAAAAUCGGGGAGCGCGUGACUGACAACGAAGUAAGGACAAGGCAAGACCGAGGUUGUGUAACUGUUUCUAAAAAUUGAAAAAUGUGAUAAUUAUUUCAUUCUCGUAAGACUCUAGGGGUUAUGUAUCACAUACGGCUCUUAUCAUGUGGAAGCAGUAUUUACAUGCAGAAUUUGAGACCGCUGUGUGUAUGUUCCUGCUUACCUACAACUUCAGCAAACCCCCUGACCGUCAAGUCCAGUCUUUCCUCCAGAAAGGUUUCCACAGCAACUAAAACUAAAUUAGAGGGGAAGGCUAUCAGGUCUGCCAAGCAUGAUGUCUCCAAAAAGCAAAGUGCCAAAUACAGGAGAACUGUAUCAAACCUUAAUGUCCAUAAAACAGAUGAGCUUAGUGGUCCUCAUGCUACACUACUUAGCGACAACAAGAUAUCCCUAUUUAUCAAAAAAUCCAAACAGAUAGUUGAACUUGAUUUGGACAAAUUAAAAGGUGACAAAAUAACUUUGUUUAGACCCAAAGUAGAGGAUGGAAAGUUAAUGAACCUUGACCUGGCUGAUGUGUUUGGGAUCCUAGAGCAAGAUGUGAUGUUUAGAGAAAGUGAACCACCGCCGAUAGAAUCUGCAGAUGAAGUGGUGUGGAAAGAGCAAAAAGUGCAGCUAGACCAAUUGUUGGGAUACUACUUAAAGCUCUCUAAGAUUAGACUUACAACCCUCAUAGUCAUAACCACAGUGGGAGGCUACUUUCUGGCCCCAGGACCCUUUGAUCCAGGGACACUGUUUAUGGUCACUGCUGGGACUGGACUUAUGUCAGGGGCAGCAAAUGCCAUGAAUCAGUUUUUUGAGAUACCAUAUGAUUCUCAGAUGAACAGAACAAAAAACAGAGUUCUUGUCAGAGGUCACCUGAG